UUUUUUUUUUUUUAAGAGGCACCGAAGUUGUUUUAACAAGUUGCUACAAAACUCGGGCUUCCUGAGGUGAGGCUGUUUGUGCACAGUGCGUGUACUGUACAGAAAUCCAGGCAAGGGCGGGAUCAGAAAGUUAGAGUCGUUAAAAAAAAGCAAAAAUAAAAAGCCCCAGGCACUUGAUGCCUGGAAAUGAUGUAAGAGGCGGCCACUCCUCUGUUAGAACUACAACCAAACAAUGCCGAGCAGCUGCUCUGCAAAUGUCAGCGCCAGCCCAGUUAAAAGAGCCGAGGACUUUGUGCAGCGCCUCGCUCGCCCACAUUUCCCCCCAGCACUUUCAGGAACCUGGCAACAGCUGCCUCUCCAUCACCACCCCCGCACCCUCCCGCCCCAGAGUCUUGAGAAAACAAAGUCUAGCGGCGGGCAGUCCGACUCUCGAGUGUCCCCUUGUGGCCAAGGCCGGAACAACACUUAUGGACUCCGAAAUCCGCGGUUCCAUUUCAAGGAGAAUCAGCGUCACCUGCACAAUAGGACAUUGGGGACCAGAACCAAAGGACAAAUCUGGAAUGGAAUCGUACAGCGAAGAAGAGUUCCCUGCUUCUCGGCCAGAGACCAAGACUAUGGUUCAGAGAUGCUCAGGAAAGGUGGCUUCUCAUCAUCGGUGGAAGAAGCAAACACGAGUUUGGAAAAUGAUCCAAUGUGGUCCACACAGAGCAGGAAUAGGGAUAGCACCAAGGCAUACGUGAGAAAAUCAAGCAGCUGUGUCCCUGGAAAUCCCACCGAAUUCCUCUCGUGCUGCAGAACUAGUGAAUGAGGUGGGCCUGCUGGCAAUUCAGAGCUGGGCCCUCCAUUGCUAAUUCUGGACUUGGCCGGUCAAAACCAUACUCAUGUUGAUGAAAACCACAUGGCCUGACAAGCACCUGGAAUCAGUAUGGAAGCUCUUCAACUCUGUUUAAGGCAUUCUGGGUUUCUCAGUAUAAAAGCCAUGAUACUUCUUUGCAGGGUCAAUGUCAUGGAGCACACAUGAGGCAAGUUAUGUUUUCCAACACUUUCUCUUUCCCAUAUAUGCUAACUAAUCUGCAUGGAGAAGAAAUGUAAAAUAUUUAGAUACUGGGCAUGGGCAGAAACUUGCUAGGAAACUGAUUUUAAUGUGCAGGCAAUCAUUGCAGAGAUGUAUGUCAGUCAGAUGUGUAGUGUAGCUUCUUGCUGAACAUGAUUAGAUAAAGAGGAAUGGACAACUCAGAUACCCCAGGGUAACUGACUCAUCACAACUUGAUAUAUAAUUACACUCAGGGCCAUGAAUCCCUGUGAUUUCAUAGCUGAAGUCAGAGUGUCCCAAUGACUUUAAAAUGGAAGUAUCUUCCUCCACUGAAAACAUGUUUAUUGAAAAGGACAGAGGGAAAUAAGUGUUGGUGAGGAGGCUGCUAGGGGGCACAUUUUGUCUCGGCAUCUCAGGGUCAUGGGCAGCAUCCACAAUUGUACUGACAGCCUCAGCUGCCAGCAUUAGCUGAUGAUGGCAUUUUAAGGGUAUGAAUUCUGUGGUCUCAUCAGAGGAGCAAGACAGCAUGCAAACUGAGAAGGAAAAAGCCAGCUGUCCUCACCCACGUGGGCUACAUGCGAGACACACAGAGACAGAAACUUCUUAAAGAAUAAUGAUUUCUGGGCCAGCGUUGUGGCAUAGUGGGUAAAGCUGCCACCUACAGUGCCAGCAACCCAUGUGGCACUGGUUUGAGCCCCCGCUACUCCACUUUUGAUCCAGCUCCCUGCUAAUGGCCUUGGAAAGCAGUGGAGAAUGGUCCAUGAGAUUCGGACAUUUUACCUGGAAUAAGUCCCUGGUUCCUGGCCAUCUGGGGGAUGAACUAGUGGAUGGAAGAUAUCUCUCUCUCUCUCUCUCUCUCUCUCUCUCUCUCCUUCCCCCUCUCUUUAAAUGCUGCCUUUCAAAAAAAUAAAUAAAUAAAUCUUGAAAAAAAGAAGCAAGGAUUUCAAAUUCCUUUAGGGUACAACUUUUUUAAAAACAAGAUUUAUUUAGAGUUGGAGUGACAGAAAGGAGAGAUACAGAGAAAAAUACAGACAGAAAUAUAUUUUUAGAGAGAUUUUCCAUUCAUUGGUUCACAACCCAAAUGACUGCAACAACCAAGUCUGGGCCAGGUUAGGGCCAGGAGCCAGACACAGGAAACCCCGCCUGGUCUCCCACAUUGGUGGAAGGAGCCCAAAAACUUCGGCCAUGAUCCACUGCCUUCCCAGACACAUUAACAGAGAGUUGGAUCAGAAGCAGAGCAGCUGGCACUUGAACCGGCACCCACGUGGGAUGCCAGUCUUGCCAGCAGUGGCUUAAUCUGCUGUGCCACAACACCAGCCUUGGAUACACAGUUCUUUCAAGUGACCGUUUAACAUUUCUAAUGUAUGCCAGGUCUCAGGUAAUGGUGAGAUAUCUAUGCCUGUGUUAUUCUCUAUAUGUGAGUAUCCUAAAACUGUCUUGAAAUUUAAAAUUCCAAGAUUGUUGGAUUGUUUGUGCUUCACAGAUGUGGACAAGAUUGGAAAAGGUUACUCCAGAAGUCAAAACUAGGGGAUCACAAAUUGUCACCUGCUCGGCAACAGAGAAGUUCCCAAGAGGGGCAACAGCUGACACCCAGAGUAGAGCCUGGCAGGCCCACGGACUUCCUGUGCAGAGGUGCUCCAGGCUCCUGGACUUCCCAGACCCUACGCUGGGUUCAAGGAACAGUGGAGUAAGCCAGUGACAUACAUGGGAUCCCAUAUGCAUCAUAUGAGAAGCGAGGGGUUACAGUGAGACAGCUGGCGGCUUGGCAAAUUACACAGUAAAGCUCCAAGGGCAGACAGAAGGCUCAGAUCUGGAAGGAAACACUUGGGGACUAGGGGUAAGUAACAACUGAAAAGUCAGAGAGGCCCAUUGGCAAGGCCCCUACCCCAGGGUUGAGGGGAAGGACAAGCAGGAGAAAGGUAGGACCCCACUCCUGCAGCUCAUCCCUCAGUACUGAGAGAGAGUAAGAAGACAGAGAACAGAAACCCGAGUCCCAGAAAGCACUGCAGGAGGGGAACUAUGUUUUAGAAAUAGGCAGGAAGCUUACUUGUCAGGACCAAGGGAAGCCAGGAUCGCUGGGGGGUCCUCCUUCCUAGGAGCAUCAACCCAGAGCUGCUGAUGGUGUGAGCUUGAUGCUGCUGGCUGUUCAUUCAGCCAUUCAGGGAAAAGAAGGGGUUCGGAGGGAGGACAGCACUCAGCAGGCAUUGGAAGGCCCGCAUUUCGGAUUCCAGGGUCUUUGAAAUGGUGUGGAAGCUGUGACUCAGGAUCAGCAGAAAUAGGUGGUCCCUGGAACGGCACUUUGGAGCUCUCCCAACAAGCCUUAGAGCUCCUGUUGGCUGGGAGACUCCCGUUCACCUGCUCUGACUUUGAUCACAUUUCCAGUUGUAUGUGGAUAGAUUGGAGAAAAUGAUAUGAAUGGCGGGAACAUGAGAAGCAUCAUAAAGAAAUAUUACAAGCAGAAAUCGGUGGGACCAGCAGCAAACUAGAUGUAUGCAGAACACAUCCGGCAGAAUUUCAGUGCCAAAGGCGGCACGGGUCUCUGAUGAAGAAACAGGAGUGUGAGGACCAUGGUGUGUGCAGGGGGGAGCACGUGGCUGUCGGUCUCUUGUUUCCCUUUAGAAGAUGGAGGGAGCUUUCAAAGUUCACCGGAUGCGGAAACAUCGUGGGAACCACCCUGGGGCGGCGAUUUCGGUGGCUGGUCAUUCUUUCCCCCAUCAACACAUCUCAGCGGCCACCAGAGGGAGACAUUGCUCACAAGCUUCAGGCAGCGACAAUUCCCCUGCGGAUUACUGUGCCCUAUAUUACCGAAUUCCUCCCCAAAGUUCCCCUUCUCAAGCCGGGCUCCCGUCUCGAUAACUCCCAGAGCACCGGGCACGGCUAUAUCUAAGCAAUUAUGCCAUUGGGAACUUUAAAACUGCUCUGUAAAACCAUAAGCGCCCAGGAACAGAUGCUUUUAGAAAUGUAAAAACAAGACCGCGGUGACAAGGGAUAGGAGGAUCUCAGCUGAGUCGGCUCCCUGCAUUUCUCCGCAUGUUUUUUUUUUUUUUUUUGAGCAGGAAGCUCUGCACAGCCCCUCAGGGAAGGCUGUGAUCUGCCUACCAUGCACCCUAGAGGUUGCCAGCCUUGGCUUUGCCUGGAUAUCAGGCCCCCCUGGAGAGGGGGUGGAGUGGAAAUUCUGUUUCCUACAUUAAAAACACACACACACACACACACACACACACACACACAAACAAAAAAACCUCGUGACUGAGAAAUGAUUAUUUGAAAGGCCUACUUCUAGAUAUUCUUUUAAACCAUCUCUACACAACUGGGAAUUCAUGCAUCUACUUCCCCUCUACUUCCCACAUUUCAAACUGAGUGGCUCAGUGGGCCAUAGGCAUCUUGCUGGGAGGGGAGUAUUUGAAAGUUGGGCUGUAUCUGUUUGUUACAAAGAUGAUGUCACAGAGACCAUCUGUAAUGAGUGUAACCAGAGGAAAGGAGAGCACCUCUAGGAUUUGUUGAUAUUAGUAUUUAAUAUCUGUCCUUUGGGUAUGUUGAAUAGCAGGCUCAUGUAAAGAGAAAGGACAUGAAUUCACCCAAAAACAAACACGGGAAAGUCAACAUUUAUAACGUUCUAUUUUGAGAUUCUAGGAUUAAGCUAGUAAAGCAGAAAUGUGUGGAUCUCUAAGGAAUUAUUCUUGCAGUUCUGCUCACAAAACAUGGAGUGGAAUACUUUGAAUACGAAUGAGAAAUCCAGGGUUUUUGUUUUAUUAGAACACACAUAUAAUUUGGUAGGGUUACUUUAAUUUUUGGAGCCAAACAGAUUUUGUUGGCUGAUGACUUCAGCAAGCAGUCUGCAAGGUCAUGAGAGGAACUGAAAAUAAAUGAAAGGAUUAUCUCAGUUUAUCUUGGAGGAAGACAUUUUUUCAACUUGUCAGAUGACUUACUUGUCGGGAAACUUCAGGGCGUUAAAAUGUGGUUUUGCUUCUGUGUAUACCUCCUUGCCAACCAGUAUUGUAUUUGUAUGUGUAUUGUACAACGUGUGUGUUGAGUGACUUGUAUUUGUCUCUUUAAAACAUGCUGCAAAACAUGA